UGGCAGCUGCGUGUGUGGAGUGCAGUCACGUGGAGCCCGUAGAGUCCACCUCGGCUCCGUCCAAACAGAACGUGAGCUGUUAGCUGUCCGUGUAUAGGAGCGCCGCUCGGUGCUAAGCUGAUUCAUGUUGUUUUUUUAGCCACCCGUCCGUUUAAACUAGCCUAUUUAAUCGAAGAAUGAGUGAUAACGAUGACAUCGAAGUCGAUAGUGACGAAGAAUCACCGAGAUAUCACUCUGUGGCAGACAAACGGGCACACCACAAUGCGCUGGAGCGCAAGCGUAGGGACCACAUCAAAGACAGCUUUCACAGCCUCCGGGACUCGGUACCCUCCCUGCAGGGAGAAAAGGUUGGUAACACUCAGCCUCAGUCUACCAAACAGGCGUCUCGAGCUCAAAUCCUAGACAAAGCCACAGAGUACAUUCAGUACAUGAGGCGGAAAAACCACACACACCAGCAGGACAUCGACGACCUGAAGAGGCAGAACGCACUGCUUGAGCAACAAGUCCGCGCUCUGGAGAAAGUGAAGGGCUCAGCUCAGCUCCAGGCCAACUAUUCCUCGUCUGACAGCAGCCUGUACACCAACCCCAAAGGCAGCGCCGUGUCGGCUUUCGACGGCGGCUCCGACUCCAGCUCGGAGUCGGAGGCAGAAGAGCCACCCACCAGGAAGAAGGUGCGCGUGGAGGCCAGCUAGAGAGCCGAGCGUCUUAAAACGAAAAAAUAAAAAAAGGAAAAAAAAUAGGUGCGGUCGAGGCAGCAGAGCACAGCGGAGGGCGAGAGGGGAGACGGCCUUCAAAGCUCUCGAGGCUCACCGACCUCUCCUACCUUCAUGCCAACGACCACCUCGGCCUCCCUCGUCAUCCUCUCUCCUCCAUCUCUGGAUGGGCUCGCACUGGAGACUCGUCGCCAUCAAAUCUCCUCACAACAGCCGCCACAAUCGUCUCUCUCCAGCCAGUCUCCACCCACGGGAGAGAGGUUGUAAGCAGGGUGAAAGACAACUGCUUCAAUCCACCUAGAGAGCUUCAGGUUCCCCUCCUCCUCCACCCCUCUUUCUCUGUUGAUUUUUGUUCUCCAUCAUUGGUAUCCUCCCCUUCUUUAGCAACAUCAAUCCAAAUCCUAAAAAGAGGCAGCUUGGCUAUGUAAGGACUCGAGGCUCUUUUGUGUGUGUGUGUGUACCCUCAGUAAAGCUCCUCCUCCUCCCCCAAGUUAUCUUUUUUUCCUUUGGGAGGAAGGAUGAGCCAGGUGUACUCUUUCAAGCACUGCUAUGUUAUGUAUUUUUUUUGUUUUUUUUGUUUAGAAUUUACACACACACCUAGA